AUGGCAGAUAAUAAUAUGGAUUUUUCAAAAAAGAAAACAAGAUAUUGCAGCUGUUGUAUUGACUCAUGUAAAAAUACUGGAUAUAACAGUGAUUGCAAAUUUUAUUCAUUUCCUGUUGCCAAACAUAAAAUAGGUCAAAGAGAAAAAUGGAUUAUUGCUAUCAAUAAGAAAAAUGAGGAUGGAUCAUUAUGGACUCCGAAUACUCAUCACUUAAUUUGCAGCGAUCACUUUGUUGGAGGUGAAAAAUCUGAUGCAGAAAUGAGUCCAAGUUAUGUACCUUCUUUAUUUGGUUCACAAACUCUAAAAGCAAGAUAUGUACAUAACAUUGACAGACAUUCCAGAUUUAUGAAGCGAAGGAUUCAAUCCAUGAAAACCUCCACUGGAGAAAUAUUAGGGCCAACCAAAGAUUGCGAAAUAGCAAGUUCUUCAUCAAAUGAAAUAUCCGUACAAACGGAAGAGUAUACAACAGAUAAUUUAUGUGAAAUUGAGUCAUUCAAUAAUUCUGUAGUUAAUUCCAGUGCUGAUAAGUCUUGUCAAGUCUUUAUAUGGGAGGAUGAUGAUGGUUCACCAAAACCUUGGAAAGAAUCAUUUGUUUGUAUUAAGUAUGUUCAUAAAGAUUCUGUUGAUGUUGAAAUACAAACUGACAUUAGUGGGGAUAUUGAUUUAGUGACAGCAAGAAAGCAUAAAAAGUUGAAGAACAAAAUGUGUGGAACUGACCAUAAAACAUACGCUGAUGUGGCUGUUGGAUUAAACGAACCUAUAAUUGAGGAGGAUCAUAGUACAAAGAAACAUAAAUGUUUUAAUGGUCACUCAUCAAUAAAAAAUGAAGAGGAGUUAUUGGACCUGACUGGUGUUUCAUUUCACAACUUCAAUUUAUUGUUGGAAAAAAUGGAAUUUUCAGAUAAAAUUGUAAUUUCAAAAGAAAAUAAGCUUUUCAUCUUAUUGAUGAAAUUGAAAACUGGAUUGACAUUUGCAGCAAUGGGUGCUUUGUUCAGAAUACAUAGAACAACCAUAUCAAAAAUAUUUUUCUCUUGUCUGCAACAAUUAGCAUAUAGAACAUCGAAUUUUGUAUUUUGGCCAGAACAGGAAACAGUAAGAGCCUCAAUUCCAGAUUGUUUCAAACGAAAUUAUGAUGACACUCGUGCCAUAAUUGAUUGUACGGAAUUCAGAAUAGAAAUUCCAUCUUCACUUGAGAAUCGUGUUUUUUGUUACUCUCAAUAUAAACAUGGAUUUACAUUCAAAGUUUUAUUUGGUAUAACUCCUAGUGGUUUCAUUUCUUUUAAAUCAGAUGCUCAUGGUGGACGUAUAAGUGAUUCCCAUAUUACAGCUACAUCGGGACUAAUAAAUCUUUUAGAACAUGGUGAUAAAAUAUUAGCAGAUAAGUGCUUUCCAGAAUUCCAAAAUGUCAUCGAUGAUUGUGGAAAGAAAAUUUUGUUUGUAAUGCCACCAUUUUUGAAGGACAAACUGGAAUUUACUAAGGAAGAAACUGAUAAAACUUAUGACACAGCUAGAGUAAGGAUACACGUGGAAAGAGUGAUGCAACGAUUGAGGACAUUUCGUGUUUUAGAUAAAAUACCGGAAUAUCUGUUUUCACAUAUUGAUGAAGUUAUUCACUUGUGCUGUGUCUUAGUAAAUUUACAACCUCCUAUAAUUUCUGAACCACAACGUCCAUAAUUAUCAACAGAAUCAUAAAGUAACAUUGAAUACACUAUUAAUGAAACGUUCAUUUGAAAGGUAAUUUAAUUCUAUAUGAAUCGCUUAUUUAUGAAAGGAUAUAAGUCACAAUAAUGAAGUUUUGAGAAAAUUUAAAAGAAGUGUUUAUCGUUUGAUAACUAUAUUUGAUUUUUUUUUAAUUCAUAGAUAUUUUUUUCGUCUGACAUCUUUUUACGAAUUAUUUUAAAAAAACAUUUAAACUAUUAUUUUUGGCCGUAUUUGUCCAAGUAAACAAAAAAAAAACGUUUAUUGGCCAACUUUAUUACCAGUUAGUAACACACGAAAUAUUUUAAACUAAAAAAAUAAAAAUUAAAAGCAGUUUUUUAUAGGAUACUUUAUACGUUCAGUAUUUUCCACUUCAAUGGUUGGCCAUCCAAUUAUUUCCUCAUAAAAUUCUUUAUAAUUUUCAGGAAGAUACCUGGUAUAGAAUAGGAUACAAUAACUUUUAUUUGCAUAAAAUUUUUACAUAUUUGAGCAAAUAAUGUCAAUCUAUAUCAUAGUAAUCUUUUGAAUAUCAAGGAUUUUUAUGUUAAUUGGAAUUUUUUCCAUAGGAUAAGCUCGUUUCUUUAUAAGUUGAACAUUUUCAUUGUUGACUUUGUAGAACAAAGGAACUGCCUAGUGCUCCAUCGAUAAACUUCAAUGCUUCAACAAGUCUUUUUUUGUAUUGUGAUUGUAGUGGAACUCCAUAAAGCUGAAAACAGCGAAUGGGAACUUUGAAUAGAUGUAGCGGAAGUUUCAACAGAAUAGCACGUUUUUUUGUUAUAUUUGGACCACCAAUUUUUAAAAUCCAGAAUGUCAUUAGUUCUUACCAUUUGUACAGUAAAUUUCUGCCUCUUUGGAAAACUACAGAUUGCUUCAAAAACUUCCAUUGGUGUAUACAGCCUAUCCAUGCGAUUGAGUUUGCAUUUGGCAAAUUUAUGAAACGAUAUAAGUUAAUGACUUAUAAUGACAAUCUUUUCAUAAAUAAAUCAUUUUGUUCACUGGCUACCUAUCAAGAGUACUUAAGACUGAUGUUCUUUUAUGACUAAACAUUAAAUAUAAGUAUUGAAAACAAAUUUUGUCAUAAUCUCAAUUUACCUGAAAUAGUGACUUAUAUCCUUACAUAAAUAAGCUAUUCAUAUUCAGUAUGUAAUAUAAACAUUAACAAACUAUUUAUGCAGGGUCUCCAAAAAAAUCUUUUUAAUUAAAUUAAUUGAGGCAAAAAGAAUGUAUGUAAUUUAUUUAAACCAAAAUACAUGUUACUGCUGUCAGAAAACAGGAAAAAAUAUUUAUUUCACAAAUAAAUAUUGUUUUUUGCUUAAAUUCACUGUUAGAGCUUCGACCCACCUGCCUCCUGGUAGUUUCCUUUCAAAUGAGCUAUCACACGAUGAGCCAUCUAUCGUCACUCCUUUAUUUGCCCAUUUCUAAGUUCUAAAGUUAUCUUUUAGAGCUAAAGUAAAUAGCUUGGGUGAGAUAGAAUCUCCUUGUCUAAACCCUCUUUGUAGUUUUAUCUUUUCUGUUUUUAUUUGUGAUGUUGCAUUGUCAUAUAUGUAUAUGUUACAGCUCAAGUUGAUUAUUCCUAGUUUAAGUCAACUUCAACUAAAAUGAGCAGUAAGAGUUGAUUUGAAAAAUUUAAUUCAUCUUUUAUUAGUUGAAGUUGAAGUAUACUCUUCCUAACCCUUGUGAGUAAAAGUAGAUCGCAGGAAAAUAGAAUCAACUCUUACCAGUUUGCGUUGACUGUUCCUGGAUCGAUUCAGUAAAUGUAGAUUAUACAUUAUACGAGUAUAAUCUCACAUGCUUUUUUGAUUAUCACGAUUUGAACAUAUCCAGUAACAUUUAAUUUCUAGAAUCAGUUGUUUGUGUGAAUCAAGUCUUACUAAGUGGCAUUGGGAAGAGUAUACCUUUUCUAGUUGGAGUCUACUUUUACUAGUAAAUGUUAAAUAAAAAUCUUAAUUUUAUAUUUAUACUCAACUUUUACUAAAACCAGCCAUUUGAGUUGACUUGAACUAGGAAUAGUCAACUCCAACUGGAUAAUAAACUUGAACUGUUACUUAUUAUACUUAAUGAUUUUUGAAUAUCACUCAGCUCUAUCGUUGCUUAAGGCAUUAAGGAUUAGCAAAUAAGGAUUACCUACUAAUAUUAUUGUACACUUUAUUUAAUAAAAAAGCUUUUAUACAUAA